AUGGCUCUCUCAACACACGCCGUCGCUUCCAUCCGCCGCUACUCAACGUCCAUCCCGCGCGACCCGCAUUACCGCCUCAAGGCUACGCUGGCGACCGGCUACGUCGUGUCUGCACUCGCACUCCCGUUUGUGCCGCCGCUGCUGGAGACCAGGCGGGCCAAGGCCGAUGGAAGUUAUCUGACGAGGGAGAACGUGUAUUGCUCGAGCCAGUUUCAUCAGUGUGCUCAUUGA